UUUGCGUUUGUGGAAAAAACCCAAAUGGCCCUUACUUAAUUUAUGUCCAAAACAUAUAUUCUUCAUUUUCUUAUUUAUAUCCAUCAUCCUUCUUCAUACAUUUUUUCUGCGUCGGGCAUUUGUUUACCAAUCCCAGUGCCAGCUGCUAUCUAAGCUGAUCAAAGCAAAAAGGAAAACGGAUUCGAGUUUCAUACUUCCAAGCUUUCAUACAAUCCAUGGCUAAUAAACAAGUGGAUGAUAUGAUUAGCUUGGUAGUCUUGGUGGACAAGGAGAAAAAAAAGGUCAUUUUUGCCGAGUCUGAUGAUAAUUUGGUUGAUACUCUCUUUAGUUUUUUGACAAUUCCAUUGGGAACAAUUAUCAGGCUUUCCUCUGACAAAUCAGCAGUGGAGAUAGGUUGCAUGAACAACUUAUACAAAAGCGUUGAGAAUAUUGAGGAUAAGCAUUUCCAUUCUAGAGCAUUCAAGCAGAUGUUGCUAAGUCCCCGCAAUAAUGCCGAAUCUCAUUGCAGUAAGUUGAAGCUGAAAAUAGAUCAUCAGAUUACUAGGUACUUUGGCUGCUGGAACGGCGCAACUUGUUCCGGGCUAUUAAGUCAUUACAAAGACUGUCUUUGUAGAUGUGGAAGAUCCUUGAAUGUUGCAGUAUCUAUGCAACAAGAAGAGUCGAAAACGCCUUCUUUUAGUGAUAAAGAUGGAGGUGUAUUUGUCAAAGGGUUGAGCAGAUUCAUAAUCAGUGAUGAUUUACAAGUGAUGCCCCUGACCACUGCAGCAAGCUUCUCCUUGUUUUCCAAGCUUGGAAUCAUGGAUGGGAGUGGUAUUGAGAAGAACAUAUUCAAUCUAGGGGUUGGUGAGGUUUUGAAUUUGCUAGUGCGCUCAUUAGUAUCAAAAACACCAUUGACAGAAACUCUUCUCAAGCAUAAACCACCAACCGAGUUAAACGCAGGAAAUUUUGAUCAAGGAAAACCUGUUGAACACAAAAUGGAAGACGAGAAGAAUAUUCGAGAUGGAAAGAUUACUAUCAAGCUUAUGGUGAGCAAAUCUAAAAAGAAAGUUUGUUAUGCAGAAGCAAAGAAAGACUUUGUUAAUUUGCUCUUCAGUUUCCUAACCAUUCCACUUGGGCAUUUUAUGAAACAAAAAUGUAGCACUUCUUUGAAUGGAUGCAUAGAUCACUUGUACAAGAGUGUACAAGAUCUUGAUGAGCAAUUCUUGAAGUCCAAUUACCAUAAGGAAAUGCUAGUCAGUCCCAAGCUUGCUUCUGGUAUUGGUUAUGAGAAUGAUUUACUAGAAAUUGAGGAAGCCUCACAUCCUACAUAUUUCUUUGAUGACGGAACCCAUACCUAUCAUUCAUAUUUAACCAGUGAUAAAAGUCUUAUUCCUUCUGGUAAUGAUACAAAUAUAACCGAACUGAAAGUUGUGGAUCCAAAAUCUCAUAACAAUGAUGGUGGAGGAUUUAUAACAGCACAGGCAAGUUUCACAGUGACAGAUAGUCUGAUAAUAAGACCUAUAUCUCCAAUCUUAGGCCUCUCCAUUAUCAAUGACUUGAAGGUACCUUUUAAUGACAUUGAGGAGCAAACUGUGCUUGUGGGCAAGGAGGAGGCUUUGAGUCUUUUACAGACUAGUUUUGAGUCGGAAUCUGCUCUGACCAAUGCCUUCAUCAGGGAUCCAAAGCAAUGCAAAUGAAGAAACCAAGGAUAGCAUGUAUCAGAAGAUAGAAAAGAAAGAGGAUGCAUUUUGUUUUCAACUAUAUAUGCAUAUAUAUAAUACAUAUGUCAAAGCAUAUAUAUAUAUAUAUAUACACAUAACUCUGUGUGUGUGAACAUUUUCAUAUAAUGUAAUAUCUGCUCAGAGGGUGAUGGACGAGAGCACAGGAAGUGAGGAAGUGAAUAUAAACAAUUUUAUUAUUAUUAUUAUUUUUUAAUGCA